AUGAGUUCCCUCCGCUUUCUUGACUUGGUCAAGCCGUUCGUGCCGUUCCUCCCCGAGGUUCAGCAGCCCGAGACCAAGAUCCCCUUCAACCAGAAGAUCAUGUGGACCGCCCUGACGCUCCUCAUCUUCCUGGUCAUGAGCCAGAUGCCCCUUUACGGCAUUGUCUCUUCCGAUAACUCUGAUCCCCUCUACUGGCUGCGUAUGGUCAUGGCCAGUAACCGAGGAACCCUGAUGGAGCUGGGUAUCACUCCCAUCAUCUCCUCUGGCAUGGUCUUCCAGCUCCUCGCCGGCACCCACAUGAUCGACGUCAACCUCGACCUCAAGUCCGACCGCGAACUCUACCAGACUGCCCAGAAGCUCCUGGCUUUCAUCCUUUCCGCUGGUACUGCCACUGUCUACGUCUUCUCCGGUCUCUACGGCCCUCCUGGUGAUCUUGGUGCUGGUAUUGUCUUCCUCCUGAUUCUCCAGCUCAUCGUCGCCGGCAUGAUUGUCAUUCUCCUCGACGAGCUUCUCCAGAAGGGAUACGGCCUGGGCAGUGGUAUUUCUCUGUUCAUCGCCACCAACAUUUGCGAGUCCAUCAUGUGGAAGGCCUUCUCCCCCACCACCAUCAACACUGGCCGUGGCCCUGAGUUCGAGGGUGCCGUCAUCGCUCUCUUCCACCUUCUCUUCACCUGGCCCAACAAGCAGCGCGCUCUCCAGGAGGCUUUCUACCGCCAGAACCUCCCCAACAUCAUGAACCUACUCGCUACCAUUAUCGUCUUUGUCGCCGUCAUCUACCUCCAGGGCUUCCGUGUCGAGAUCCCGGUCAAGUCUUCACGCCAGCGUGGUGCUCGUGGUUCUUACCCCGUCCGUCUCUUCUACACCUCCAACAUGCCCAUCAUGCUGCAGUCGGCGCUGUCCUCCAACGUCUUCCUGAUCAGCCAGAUGCUCUACUCUCGCUUCUCUGACAACCUCCUCGUCCGCCUCUUCGGUGUUUGGGACGCCAAGGACGGCUCCGCUCAGCUCCACGCCGUCUCUGGUCUUGUCUACUACAUGUCGCCCCCUCUUAACUUCAAGGACGCUCUCCUCGACCCUAUCCACACGGUUACCUACAUUGUCUACAUGCUCGGUGCCUGCGCUCUCUUCUCCAAGACCUGGAUUGAGGUUUCCGGCUCCAGCCCCCGUGAUGUCGCCAAGCAGCUCAAGGACCAGGGUCUCGUCAUGGCUGGUCACCGCGACCAGAGCAUGUACAAGGAGCUCAAGCGCAUUAUUCCCACUGCCGCUGCCUUUGGUGGUGCCUGCAUUGGUGCUCUCUCUGUUGCCUCUGACCUCAUGGGCGCUCUCGGCUCUGGUACCGGCACUCUUCUCGCUGUCACCAUCAUCUACGGCUACUUCGAAAUCGCUGCCAAGGAGGGUGAUCUGUCUGGCAUGAAGGGCAUGAUCAUGGGCUAA